CCUGGGAUUACGCGUGCACGUCGGGUUCGGCGGUGGUUGGGUACUUGGAGGAACAGAAGAUCGACACAAUGGUGCCAACCAACGGCCAGCUGUUCAUGCUGGCGAACGGCAUUCUCGGUGGGUUGGUGGUGCUGACGAACUUCGUGCUGCUGCCAAUCAUCCUGCAGAUGAUCCUCUACGCUGCCACCAUCAUCUACAUCGGAAGCCACCUCUCGCUCAAACUCAAAGAGGUGCGGCGCGACACGUGUACCACAGAUCUGCCACGUGUGUGUCUGUGAGCACAAUUCUCUGGUGCCUGUAGACUGACCCAGUCACUGGCGAGAAGCAGAUGGGAGAGUCGAUGAGCCAGAAGGAUGCCAUGAUGUUCCCAAUCAUCGGAUCGGUGUCCCUCGUCACUCUGUACAACACGCCAGACAGCAGACACGUGCCAGCACCGACUGCAACUUCGUUUGUCGGUUGCUUCUCAGGUACGUUUUUUACAAGUUUCUGUCGCCGUACUGGGUGAACCUGCUGCUGACGACAUACCUGUCCAUCCUGGGCAUCGCAGCGCUCGCAGCCACCAUCUCGCCGGUUCUCGAAAGGGUGAGUACCAAUGAAGGAUGUGUCUGUCGUCUGCGCCUUGCGUCAUGUCGUUGGCUUGCGUUGGCUUUCCGGCCUUGUCUUGCAGGUGGUGCCCAUCCCUGCAAAAGUGUUGGACCGCAAGUUCCACAUCACCUUUCAGCUGCCGGGCCCGCUGAAGCGAAAAGAGGGUGAAGAGCACCCGAGGGAGGGACACAUGUGACUUGUAGAGUCAUUCCUGAUUUCAGGUCCGCAUGACUUCCGUUUCACCGUGUUGGACAUCGUGAGUCACGUGGUGUCGCUGCUGGUGGCCAUCGCAUGGCUGGUCACCAAACACUGGUGCCUGCACAACAUAUUCGCCAUCGCAUUCUCCAUACAGGCAAGCUAGGCCAAGUCGUGCACCCGUGUGACUGUGCCCGUCCACGUGUCUGGGCUGCGUUGUCUGUCUGUCUGUCUGUCUUUGAGUACAGAUGAUCUCUCUCGUAUCACUGGGGAGAUUCCAAGUCGCAUUCAUUCUGUUGGUAAUGACACUAUGGACGAAGCACUUCUUGCAAAGCACGAGUAUGAUUGUGUCGAGUCCCUCCUCUGGUCCCCCAGAGUGGUCUGUUUAUUUAUGACAUCUUCUGGGUCUUCGGAACCGACGUCAUGGUCACUGUCGCUAAAGUGAGAACACUCAGGAGCCACACAUGAGCGUUUGUCAUCUGCACAUCUGUCUGUGGGUAUGUCAGUCGUUCGAGGGCCCGGCUAAGCUUGUUUUCCCGGUGUCGUUUGACCCGUGGAAGCAGUCCAUCCUGGGCCUUGGGGACAUCGUCAUACCGGGGAUAUUCAUAGCCAUGUGCCUCAGGUGCGCGUCGCACCCCCACGAACCGACCAAUGCACGCGAUUGUCUGGACGGUUCAUUGAACAGAUUUGACCAGCAUCUGUUUGAGGAGGGUCUGGAGGGGGCUCCGGUCAAGAAAAAGGACGACGUCAUAGACAUACACCAGGUACCAUUUUUCAGCAUGGAGCACGCCGCGUGUGUGUGAUGGCGUUUCUUUGUGCGUCAUAUAGGGUUUCCACAAGGUCUACUUCACCAGCGCCAUGGUUGCUUACUGUCUGGGUCUGGCAACCACUGGGGCGGUCAUGUUCGUCUUCCAGGUGAGACGACGAGCCGAAGACGACAGGGAGAACGCAUUGACGUCUAGUGUGCUUGUGUUUGCAGCACGCCCAGCCAGCUCUCCUUUAUCUGGUGCCGUUCUGUCUUGGCGCUCUGCUCCUCACCGCAGUCAUUAGACGAGAGUGGUCGCACGUGUAAGCACCCCACAGAUAAGCGGACGCAGGCAGUGGUUUCGAGCUGUGUAUUUGUGACGCCGUCCGUGGUGGCUGGUGCAGGUGGACAUACAAAGAGGAAGAGGACAACAAGGAUGAUAAGAAGGAGGCCACCGAUGCCGACACAGCUGCUGAGGGCACACAAGAUGACAACGACGAGUCGUCCAUGGAGAGCAAGAAGAGCCAGUAGCUCAGCCUGUGUGACCA